GAAGUGUUGAUGUAGUUGCUGUAAACCUGAAGUUGCCGGUCAACAGAAGGUCGGUCAACAACAACAACAACAACAACAGUUAGCGGGCAGCAGUUAACAGAAAGUCGCCGGUUAACGCUCAAACUCGUGGAUUAAUUCACCGUGAGCGGGAAACAGACAACUUCCGGUCUCAGUUUGAACAGUUUAACUCCUCUCCGCUAAUGCUAACAGGCUAACGGGCUAACGGGCUAACAGGCUAGGUCUGCCGGCGGUCCCGGUCCCAGGAGCCGUCAGCUCCGUUAGCUGUUAGCAUGCAGUGCGCUAACCUGCUGAAGAAGAGAAGUUUGGAAACGGAAGUGGAGCCGUGGAGCUGCAUACCGAAGCGUCUGUGUUUGGAGGCGGAGCUCCGGUCGGACGAGUGUCCAAUGGAAACAUCCCACAGUGUCCCUGUGUCCGAUCAUCAACCAGAGCAACAGGUUGCUGCGGUCCGACCCAGAGCGGCUCUGCUCUGCUGUCCCAGGUGUCUGGCAGGAGAGCCGGGUCACAUCAACCACAUCAUGGGCCUGUGAUCCAGCACCCCCACAGGAGGAGGACGGGGGGGAGGGGCCCCCGGCAGCUUCUCAUUUCCAUCCAAUGAAGUCCAAUCAGGUGCUUGCGUGUCCGAUCAUUACAUCCGUCAGCGUCUCGAUUCACUCCCAACGUUUGUGCUUCCCGACCUUUCAGCCGCGCCUCACGGCCUUCCUCAGCUGUUUGUACAGUUGCCAUGGAGAUGGUUUAGUUGCCAUCACAUGACCUCAACAUGGACUUCGUUGGUGCGUUAAAGGACCCCGCGACGUCUGAGCUUUCUUCUUCAGCUGAAGCUUAAAUCACCGGCCACUAUAUACUGAUCUCCCAGCAACCCGUUCACCGCGUCAAUGUUAGCUCCGCCCCUCACAACUUCCUACCUGCCGUCUGAUUGGUUCACACCCCGUCCCACCUGAAGGCAGCGGUGCAGUCAGUUUAAUAACAGAACUACUAAUCAGUGACUCAGCUGUGACCUCGUGAGGCGUUCACUUGGGCUGGGAAAUAUAACAGUGAUAUUUAUCGCAAUCUAAUUUUUUCAGUAACAAGUUUUUAAUAAAAGGUUUGAUUCAUUUGAAUCACGAACGAAUCAGCACUUAAUUUUUCUACUAAGAAAUGAAUUUUGUUGAAAAGGGACUGAAAAAGAUUUGAGUGUAUUUGUUGUGGACGUUCUGCCUCGGAUCUGUGGAUCUACCGUCUGUUGGGAGCAGGAAGAAAAGUUUAAACCACGUUAACGUUCGCUGCCUUUAAACUGAAGGAUCCCACGUUGAUCCUGUAUUUAUUGAUAAAUGUGAAGUUUUUUAUUGUGAUUUCCUUUCUGGCCUACGCUCUUUAACAGCAGAUGGCUCCAUCGGCGCUCGCCACGCUUGUCGGGUUCCUGAAUGUUUCCUCCCCUAAAAACUCUAAAGGGCUUUUAUGAUGAAAGGAAUGAAAAGGGAAAUAAAUUCGUCUUCCGGUUUGUAGUUUUAUAUUUUUAUGAGGCAGAUUUUAUAUUUUGAAGCAGUUUUUAAUUAAUCUGACUGGAUGUAAACUUCUUAAGAAUCUAUUUUUGAUGACAUCAUUUCCUGCUUUGGUGCUGGCCAAUCAGAGCGCAGCAUUUGUACGCAGACUGAUUUCAAAAUAAAAGCUUUGACUGAU